GUUGCAUCGGAAGAGUAGUAGUAGGAGAGAGGGAGAGAAGUGGUUGACCCUUUCUUUCCACCUUAUGCUAGAUUUAGUGAUGGAUUUAACGGAAAGUGGGGGUGCAGCAGAUAUAUCUCCGGAGGACAAGGAGGAAUCCCCAAAAGACACGACGCUGCCACGUUUCGAUGGGCGUAAGGCAGAGAAUGGAUCUUGUUGUGGUAAUCAAGUUGUGGGCCUCGGCUGUGGAGAACGUGUGGAUAUUAACAAGUCGCCGGGCGAACCGAAUCCGCCGAAUGGGAAACCAAUCGGAAUUGGAAUUGGAAUUGGAAUUGGAAUCGGAAUUGGAAUCGAGGAGCAGCCAGUGGAGCUUCAGCCACCUUCGAUUACCACCGCCACAAUUGAGUCUCCGCCACAAUCACCAUCACCACCCCCACCCCCAUCGGGAGUCACGCCAAAGCUUCCAACAACCACCGCCAGCAAAGGUUAUGGUCUGAGGAAAUGGAGAAGAAAACGCAGAGAUUAUCCAAAGGACGAAAGCGGUGUUAUGGAUCUCAAUAGGAUAUUGAAGAGGGGUCUUUCCAUUGUUGCUGAACCUGCUGAGAUCAAGCCUAAGAGCGAGGGAUCUGUUGCGUCGUUUGCUAAUUCAUCCGUGAAGAGCCCCUCUGUUCCCAGUGUUUCUGCCAUCAAGGGCUCCAAUUCAGAUUCAAGGUUGGCGGCCGGGUCCACUUUCCCCGUCUGUACGGAUUCUGAGAACAGCGAGGAGGACCGAAGUAGCAAAUCUUCCACCGCCGCCAGUGCCCCCAAAUUGAGGUACGAUGUGCCUCUAUCGAUGGGAGGAUCCUCCUCCUCCUCCUCGCGAGACAAAAGCAAGAUCAGGAAUCUGAAGGGGAAUACUUCAGCUGGUGCUGGUCACAAGGUCCAACAGGGGAAGAGUAGGAUUGAGACCAGUAAAAAGCCUAAAGCAGAAAGGUUUAAAAUUGACAAGGAAAACUCAUAUUCGAGCCUGGAAUCCGACUCCAGAAGCUCUAAUGUUCUCUUUGCACAAAUGGAAAGUUUUUCUCGGAUUAGUAAUGGCAGACACAGUAAAAUAUUAUCCAACUAUGAUGGAGAAAACAGUGAUGAAGCCUAUGUAAGUGAGAUGCAGUCUAGCGAAGAAGUUCCAACGGAUUAUGGCAAGGAAAAUGGAGUAGAAGUAGAAUUUGUUUCACAACAUGAUGUAGCUGCUGAUGUAUCAUCGGAGGUGAAGGAAGAGGAAAGUGAUGAUCAUCAGCCCACAGCAGAUCAGGAUCCUUUGGCUGAUUCUAUUUUUUCACUGCUGUCAGUGCAGGAGUCACUUGAAAGAGAAGUAGAAAAGUUCAGAGAGAUCGGGUGGGAAAAUGUUUUUCAGGCUAAUGAGUCCAUUCCCAGUCAUCGCUUCCGUGCAGGGUUUGCUUCCGUUGACCCAGAAACCAGUGAAGUUCAGGUAAAUGGAUUGAAACAGAGUGUAAGUCGUCCUGUGAGCAAUCCUGAAGGGGCAUCAGCUGUCCUCAAGGUGAAGGAAAGUAGAGUUGAGUCAUUGAAAGAAGAAUCAGGGAGCACUCUAAAGUCCACACAGGAAUUUAGACAGUUGGAGAUCGAGCUUGAGGAUCUGAUUAAGCAAAAGAUUGAAGCUGAAGUCGAAUAUCUGGUUAUUACUAGAUCAACCCAGAAUUUGAAAGUUGCCACAGUAGACCGUGUCUCACUCAUUGAGGAACAGAAGUCUUUGGUUGGAGAGCAAACCCAGAUGCUUCGAAAGCUCAGAGAUGCAGAAAGUAAUGCUGUGUUUUUGAAGAGGCAGGCGGAGGAGUUAGAGGCGUCUUGUGAGGAGUUGCUGGGGACUGAAGAGGUUUUGGGGUUGCACAAUGGGGUUUGUAAGGUUACAUUUUGCUUUCUUAUCCAGUUGUUUUUGCUGUUUAUAGCCUUGGGGAUAUUUCUCUUGCAGCUGUUGCCCCAUUCUGCGGGGUCUGUACCCACUUAAGCGUGUAAACAAGAAUUCCGUUUUGUAUUCUCGUGACUAGGAAAAUUUCAAUGUUUUUUAAAAAUUUCUAGACAACAA